AUGGUAAAACGUUAUCAUGUAUAUGGUGUCGGUGCUGCACUUGUCGAUACAAAAAUCGAUGUAACUGAUGAUGAUCUUGAAAUGAUGAAGAUUGAAAAAGGUCGUAUGACACUUGUGAAUGAAACUCAACGAAAACAAUUACUUGAUUAUCUUACUAAUCAUAUGAUAUAUGCGAAAAGAACUAGUGGUGGUUCUACAGCUAAUUCUCUUAUUGCAAUUAAUCAAUUUGGUGGUCAAACAUUUUAUUCUUGUAAAGUUGGCAAUGAUGAUAAUGGUCGAUUUUAUUUGAAUGAUCUUAAAAAAGCAGGUGUUGAUUACAAUUUAGAUAAUUAUCAAGAUAAAGAUAUGACUGGUACAUGUUUAGUAAUGAUUACUCCAGAUGCUGAACGAACUCUUUGUUCAUUUCUUGGUGUUAAUGCAACACAAUCCGAAAAUGAUAUUAAACCAGAAAUUAUUAGUGUUUCAGAUUAUGUUUAUUUUGAAGCGUAUAUGAUAAUGUCUCAACCGACAUUUAAUGCUGCUAUUCGUAUAUGUGAUAUUGCUCAACUCAACAAUGUAAAAAUAGCAAUGAGUUUUUCUGAUGCAGGUAUUUUGAUAACUUUUCGUGAUCGUUUACGAGAAAUUUUAAAGAAACCUAUCGAUUUAUUAUUCUGUAAUCAAUAUGAAGCAUUGAAUUGGGCAGAAACAGAUAAUAUUGAUAUUGCUAUUGACAGUUUAAAAAAGAUAGCACAUACAUUCGCAAUUACAUUCGGAGCUGAUGGUGCUCUAGUUUAUGAUGGAAUACAAAUGCACGCUAUUGAACCAUAUAAAGUACAUGCAAUUGAUACGACUGGUGCAGGUGAUAUGUUUGCAGGAGCAUUUCUGUUUGGUAUUACACAAGGAAAAGAUUUUCCGACAGUAGGUAAAUUGGCAUGUCUUGCAGCUGCAGCAGUUGUAUCUAAUCAUGGACCACGUUUAACUGCAGAACAACAACAAGAAAUUUUGCAACAAUGGAACUCUCUUUAA